AUGCACGACAUCACGCUCGAUCCCUUGCUCCUCGGAAACCUCACCGGCAAAACUGCUGUCCUGACCGGUGGCGCCGGGGGGAUUGGCACCGCCAUCGCAAAACUACUACUGGAACAUGGCGCGAAUGUCGUAGUGGCCGAUUUGGAACACACACGGCCCAUAGUGGAGACAAUGAUCGUGGAUCUUCCUGGUUCGUGCAAGGGACGAGUGCAGUUCGUCGCAACGAACAUUUCCGCUAAGGAGCGGUUCGGUUCAAUAGAACUGGUAAUCGCCAACGCGGGAGUCAUGGAGAGAACGCCGGUGUUGGACAUGGAUCAGAUCGACGAACAUGGAAACCUGGAAGAGUCGCACGAGUUUUGCAAAGUCAUUGAUAUAAAUGUGAAGGGAACCAUGAACUGCCUCCGCCAUGCUAUCUUUAGUAUGAAGGGGAACCAACCAUGCUACCCAGAUGGAUCGCGCGGCGCAGUGGUCCUUGUGAGUUCGAUUUCGGGCUACUUUGGUGGCACCGGUGUAUCAGGGUAUAUCACUUCGAAGCACGCGGUGACGGGGAUGCUGCGGGGGUCGCAGCUGGUUGCGAGCCAGUACGACAUUCGAGUCAACGCGGUUGCUCCGUUUGUUACUCCCACGGCCAUGGCAGGCGGAUUUUCCGAGGCGUGGCAAGCGAAAGGCCUUCCAAUCAAUACGACUGAAGGUGUAGCCACAGUCGUGCUGACGCUGGCCGUGAACCCUGCAGAAAAGGGAUCUUGCUACAUAGUAUGGCGUUCCAUUUGGCACCGUGACAACGGUGCUCUCCUUGAUCCCUAA